GAUCAUCACUUUGCAUUGCUGCAACGAGAGACUGAAAAACUUCGAGUUGAUAUCGAUAAAAUGCGUAGUGAACUUAGAUAUGAAAUUGACAAGGUAACCGCUGGGCAGCGCUUGGAUCUAAACCUCGAGAGAGGGCGCAUACGUGACGAGUUAGCCAAACAAAGUGCAGAAACCACAGAACUUACUACCAAACUCGACAGGGAAAUCCAUGCAUUAAGGGCACAGUUAGAGGCAGCAAAAUACGAUGUCAUAAAGUAUUGCAUUGGUACUCUUGUUUCCAUAUCUGCUGUUGGUCUAGCUGUAGUGCGCAUUCUGAUGUAAAAGCCAUUCUUCCCUUUGGCAAAUUAGAUGUAAUAGCCUUUUGGCAACUUUGAAUUUCCAUCAUUCUUAUUAAUAUUGUUUUGAUGAAGCAAAUUGAAAUCUCUUGUAGCACUCAAUUUGAAUUAUUUCACUUGAUAACAUGCAAUUUCAGUUUUGGCCACC